UUACAUAAAAAAAAUUCAUUAAUUUUCACACAAAAAAAUCAAUCAGACAGUAUAUACUUGUUAGUAGUGUUGUUAGAGUUUAUCCAGACAGAUUAUUCCGUGGAAAUUGGGACAAAGACAAAUAACGUUCGUUCGUUCGUUCGUUCGUCAAGAUCUUGAUCUAUUUAUUCUGUAUUUAAACCCCCACCGUUUUUUAUUUUUAUUUUCUCACUCUAAAAUAUUUCAGUUUCUUUUCUUCUUCUUGUGGUUCUUGAGAGAGAAAGAAAAAAAUGGCGGGUGGAGGAAUAGUUGACCCGAAAGGCGGAGCAAGAGCUCAUCUGUAUGAGUACAGAAUCACAUCUUACUUUGUUUUUGCCUGUAUUGUUGGUUCUUUGGGUGGCUCUUUGUUUGGCUAUGAUCUUGGUGUUUCUGGAGGGGUGACUUCCAUGGAUGAUUUCUUGAAGGAAUUCUUCCCAUCAAUCUACGAAAGGAAACAAGAACACCUCAAAGAAACCGACUACUGCAAAUACGACAACCAAAUCCUCACUCUCUUCACUUCAUCUCUCUACCUCGCCGCCCUUCUCUCCACUUUCGGUGCUUCCCACAUCACCCGAAACAAAGGCAGACGUGCGAGUAUUCUUUGUGGGUCCGUUAGUUUCUUCCUAGGCGCAAUUCUCAAUGCCUCCGCACAAAAUAUCGCUAUGCUCAUCGUCGGUCGAGUACUCCUUGGUAUAGGCAUUGGAUUCGGCAACCAAGCGGUCCCACUAUAUCUAUCAGAAAUGGCGCCGGCGAAAAUAAGAGGAGCCGUAAACCAGCUCUUCCAACUCACAACAUGCUUAGGCAUCUUCAUCGCCAACUUCGUAAACUAUGGAGUUGAAAAAAUUCAUCCGUGGGGGUGGAGGUUGUCUCUAGGUUUAGCCGCCGUUCCGGCCACUUUCAUGUUCGUGGGCGGGCUUUUCCUUCCGGAAACUCCCAACAGCUUAGUCGAGCAAGGGAGGCUGGAAGAGGGCCGGAAGAUUCUAGAGAAAGUUAGAGGAACCUCGAAAGUUGAUGCGGAGUUUCAAGACCUUAUAGAAGCGAGCGAAGCGGCCAAGGCGAUAAAGCAUCCCUUCCGGAACCUUCUGAAGAGGAAGAACCGGCCCCAGCUGGUUUUGGGAGGGAUAGGGAUUCCGGCCUUUCAGCAGCUCACGGGGAAUAACUCGAUUCUGUUUUACGCUCCGGUUAUAUUUCAGAGUCUAGGGUUUGGUUCGGGUGCUUCUCUUUACUCUUCGGCUAUUACUAGUGGGGCCCUCGUUGUGGCUACGCUUAUAUCUAUGGCGUUUGUCGACAAGUUUGGUCGGAGGGCGUUUUUCUUGGAAGCUGGUUGUGAGUUGAUCUUCUGCUUCGUCGCGGUUGCAAUUACUCUAGCACUAAAAUUCGGGGAAGGAAAAACAAUAUCCAAAGGAACGGGAAUAUUCCUAGUGAUAGUGAUAUUCGUAUUCGUUCUUGCCUACGGGAGGUCGUGGGGCCCACUAGGGUGGUUAGUCCCGAGCGAGCUUUUCCCGUUAGAGACUCGAUCGGCGGGGCAGAGUAUGGUGGUGUGCGUGAACAUGCUCUUCACGGCAUUGAUCGCGCAGUGCUUCUUAGGUGCUUUGUGCCACCUGAAAUACGGAAUAUUCUUGCUGUUUGCCGGUUUGAUAUUUAUAAUGAGCUGCUUCAUAUACUUUUUGUUGCCCGAAACGAAGCAAGUUCCGAUCGAGGAGAUACAUUUGUUGUGGAAAGAUCAUUGGUUCUGGAAAAGGUAUUGUGAGAGUGAAGAUGGUGUUAAGGCAGAUGAGUUGCAAGAAAGAAACAGGACUUAGGUUUUAAGGAUUGAUUACAAGUUUGUAUUUCAGAACACCACCUUCAUUUUAUUUUAUGUCUCAUACCUUAGUUUUGGGGGAAGUUUGCAAUACCAAAAAUACAUUUAAUUUUAAUUUUUAUUACUAUUUUUUAAGGUUGGGUAA